AUGUCGUUGGUCGACGUUGAGGUUGUACAGUCGAUCGACGUUAAAUUCGUAGCGUCGGUCGACGUUAAAGUCGUAGCGUCGGUCGACGUUAAAGUCGUAGCGUCGGUCGACGUUAAAGUCGUAGCGUCGGUCGACGUUAAAGUCGUAGCGUCGGUCGACGUUAAAGUCGUAGCGUCGGUCGACGUUAAAGUCGUAGCGUCGGUCGACGUUAAAGUCGUAGCGUCGGUCGACGUUAAAGUCGUAGCGUCGGUCGACGUUAAAGUCGUAGCGUCGGUCGACGUUAAAGUCGUAGCGUCGGUCGACGUUAAAGUCGUAGCGUCGGUCGACGUUAAAGUCGUAGCGUCGGUCGACGUUAAAGUCGUAGCGUCGAUCGACGUUGAGGUCGUACCGUCUGUCGUCGUUGAAGUCGCGCCGUCAGUAAACGUUGAGGUCGUACCACUAAUGUCGGCUUCUUCUACUCUGCUUAGCUCUCCAGAUACAUGUUGUUCAUCACCCUCUGCCAUAAUGUAG